AUGAACACAAUAUCUACAUUAACUAUGUCUGUGCUAAUAGGGGAAUGUUUAUCGUGUUUGUCACAAUCGAGAAACUUAGAGUUUCGUGUAGUUGACAAGAUCAUAAAUACUCAACUUGUGAUUGCUUCCUUAGUGAAAGUUUUUGCAAUUCAUCAACCAACAAAACCUUUCAUCCAUCCAUCCAUCCAUCCAUCUAUUCGCAGUGCAUUGUUAGAUCAGUAA